AUGGCCACGGUGAUGAUGCGCCUGUCGCUGCUUCUCAGCCUGCUGGCAUGGUGCCAGGCGGCGGUCGUGCCCUUCGAAAUCACCCUGACCUGGGACACUGUCGCCCCGGACGGCGUCCCCAGGAAGGCCAUCCUGUCCAACGGCCAGCUGCCCGGUCCACCGCUCUACCUGGACCAGGGCGACGAGGUCGAGUUCCUGGUCCACAAUGAGCUGCCUUUCUCGACGGCGGUGCAUUUUCACGGCAUUGAACAGCUCGACACGCCCUGGUCCGACGGCGUUCCCGGACUCUCGCAACGGCCAAUUCAGCCUGGAGACAGCUUUCUCUACAAGUGGAAGGCCACGCAGUACGGCAGCUACUUCUACCAUGCCCACAAGAGCGGCCAGAUCAAUGACGGCCUGUACGGAGCCAUCAUUAUUCGCCCGAGUCCCCACGUUCCAAGACCGUUUCACCUCAUCACCAACGACUCGCACGAGCUCGAGGCCAUCCAGACCGCUGAACUGCAGACGAAGCCCAUCAUCCUCUCCGACUGGACCCAUCACACCUCGAACGAGACAUGGAACAUCGAAGAGGCCGCCGGUCUCGACGCGUACUGCACCAACUCCAUCCUCAUCAACGGCCAGGGGUCCGUCACCUGUCUGCCGCAGGCCGUCAUUGACGCGAACGCGAAUCCAGCUGUGAUCCAGCUGCUCAAUGGCAGCACCCACUUGACGGACAUGGGGUGUAUUCCCCCGACCUUGUCCCUUGCCCAAGGGCCUUACCCGCAUAAUUUCAGUGCUGUGCCCCCGGGUGUCUUCUGGGGUUGCAAGCCCUCCCAAGGGCCGACGGAAGUGUUGGAGGUCAAUCCGGAGGUUGAGUACGUGAGUUGGGAGCUGAUCUCGGCGGCGGGCGUGUCGACCUUUGUCUUCUCCAUCGACGAGCAUCCCAUGUGGGUGUACGCGGUCGACGGCCGAUACGUCACGCCCACGCGGGUGGAUGCGCUCACCAUCAGCAACGGGCAACGAUUCUCGAUUCUGGUGAAGCUGGACAAGCCUCCGGCGAACUACAACGUGCGGACGGUCGUGACCGGACUCAACCAGCUGCUGAACGCGACGGCGAUCCUGUCGUAUGCGAACUCGCCGGAGCCGCCGGGCACGUGGGCUCCAUCGGCGCCGUCAAUCACCCUCAACGGACUCAACGCGACGGCGAACACGACCUUCUGGAAUGAGUCGCUGGCGGUGCCGUUCCCGCCUGUAGCACCGGCGCCUUUUGCCAACGAGACGUAUGUGCUGCGACUCAACCGGUGGAACGCGUCGUAUCGGUGGUAUCUGGGGAAUGACAGUUUUCCGCUGUCGCUGCAGUACGACAAGCCGCUGCUGUUCGAUCCGAACGCGCAGGGGCCACACAGCGACCUGACCGUGCGGACGCAGAACGGGUCGUGGGUGGACAUAAUCUUCCACGCGGUGAAGCCGCUGCAGCCGACGCAUCCGUUCCACAAGCACUCGACCAAGUUUUUUGUGAUCGGGGCGGGGGUUGGCCCGUGGAACUACUCGUCGGUGGAGGAGGCGAUGCGCCAUAUCCCGCAGAACUUCAACCUGGUCAACCCGCCGAUCCGGGACACAUACUCGACGCCGGCGUCGCUGGACGGCGAGAGCUGGCUGGCGGUGCGGUAUCAGGUGGUGAAUCCGGGGGCGUUCCUGCUGCACUGCCACAUCCAGGUGCAUCUAGAUGGGGGGAUGGCGCUGGCAUUGCUGGACGGGAUUGACAAGUGGCCGGUAGUGCCGGAUGACUAUCUGAACGGGAAUGGGUUGUAA